GAAAUAACUUCGAUAUCUUUUUAUUUACAAAUUCUUACUGAGGAAAAUGUUGAAUUUAAGCUGAUGGCAACUGGAACUAGAUCUAGGAAAAGAAAAAGGAUGCAAUCCCCUGAUGACGAUUUAUCGAUGUACAAAUGUCCAAUAUGUCUUGAAAUAUUUGCAGACCCUAUCCAAAUAUCCUGUGGAAAUAACCACACAUAUUGUUUACAGUGUGUACAGUCUUACCAAACAAUACCUACUCCUCAGUGUCCUCAAUGUCGACAGAAUUUUAAUCCUUAUCAACUUCAAUUAGACAGACACAUGAUUGAUUCCAUGCAGAAAAUAGCUCCAUGUAAAUGGUGUCACAAACAGAUGCCAAUAUUACAACAUAAAGCACAUACAGCAGUUUGUGAUAUGGUCGAUACAUCUUUACCCAAGUUUAGACCAGUGAAGGAGACAUCCCAACCUAUUCCCAAGGACUUGCCUAACAGAUCUACAUUUUCUUGUCCUUUCUGUGGUGAAGCAAACUUGGAUACAAAUGGAAUGGUUAAACAUUGUAAUGAUAAUCAUGCUAACGAAUCUUCAAAUGUGGUGUGUCCUAUAUGUUCAUCAAUGCCUUGGGGUGAUACCAGUCAAAGAAGUGUAGAUUUUAUGCAACAUUUGAAUCUACGACAUAAAUUUAGUUAUGACACCUAUGCAGAUUUUUCAUUGGAUGACGAUCAGAUGUUAGAGAGGGCGCUGCAAGCAUCAUUACAGGAUGUGUUAUAAAAGGAUUGUUGUAUUAAUUUAAACUGUGUUUUACUGGAAUGAUAAAUCCAGCAGAGAGUUAUUCUCAGAAUGCCAAGACCAAAAGUCAUAUGUCCGUAAUGUCCAUAAAUUUAUAUGUCUAGUGUCCAUCUUAUUCUUCCAUUUCAUAUCAUACUGUAACUAGUGAAGCAGUUUGUUAAAGCAUUAACUUUUCACAUAAUGAUCCUUACAAGUCCUUAAACAAAUUGUCAGUGCUAUAACUUAUUCAAAAAUGAGAUAUUUAAUAGGAUUCUAUUAAUAAGAUCUGUGAUGCUUUCAAUUGUACUUUAGUGGAUUUUACGGAUUUUGUACAAGCUAUACAUCGCAAAAGAAUAUUUACCUUGAGAUGGUACCCUUAGUUCAAUUUUGUUCCCCUAUA